AUGGGGAGACAGACGGCGUUGGGUGUAUUAGCUCUAAUAGCAUCGACGUUGGGUGCGCCUGCGCCUAUCUGCCCGUGCCUGAACCCUUGCCCCUGUGCAUGCCCCCCACCAUGCCCCCCGCCAUGCCCCCUACCCUGUCCCUGUCCGUGUCCCCCGCCACCUUGUCCGUGUCCCCCGUCGCCGUGUCCGUGCGAUCUGGGAUCCGUGACAGCGACUCCAUGCGGUGACGGUCCAAUCAGAGUUCUUCUGCAGCGGUCUUCAAUCCCGCAGCGACUAAUCUCUUCAGGGUUCCGCCAGGUGCCAGUGCCGGGAGGCAUCUUCUACAUCGCCCCCUCCCCUGACGUAAUCAUCCAGCCUCCCCCCAUCCUGGUCAAGCCCAGACCUUUGGCCCCGAUCACGCCACCAUCAAUCGUUGUGCAACCACCUCCGGUACCUCCUGUAACCCCUCGACCGAUCAUCGUAAGACCAGCUCCUAUUCCCCCCAUCACGCCUCCUGGUAUAACUGUCAGACCGGCUCCAUUACCUCCGAUCCAACCACCGUGUAUCACAGUAAGACCACCAAGACCAGCUCCGAUCCAACCGGCUCCAAUAACCAUCACACCCCCAGCGUUACCCUCCAUUACGCCCCCUCAGAUUGUGGUCAGACCCCCUAGCCCUGCUUCCAUUCAACCCCCGACUUUAACUGUUACUACUGACUCCUUCAUCAGAGGAGGUGGUGGAAACGGCGGAGGCAGCGGUGGUGGUGGUGGUUCCAACUGGGGUGGUGGUUCAAACUGGGGUGGUGGUUCAAACUGGGGUGGUGGUUCAAACUGGGGCGGUAACUGGGGAUCGGGUAGUUGGGGACAGAAUUGGGGCGUGAACCCUUGUGAUCCUUGCAACCCCUGUCCAUGCCCAUCACCGUGCCCUGAGCCCUGUCCUUGCCCCGAGCCUUGCCCUUGCGACCCCUGUAACCCCUGCAACCCCUGUAACCCCUGUAACCCCUGCAACCCCUGUCCCGAGCCUUGCCCCGAACCUGAACCCUGUCCAUGCCCUUGCCCCUGCCCUUGUGCAGGGUAA